AUGACCAAUACAAGCACAUUGCACAUAAGCCAACAUCCCAUUGUUGCUACCAAACUGUCUCAAUUGAGAGACGUCAAGCAGAACUCCAAGGUUGUACGUGAAUUGACGCAGGACCUGUCUGUUUUACUAGGCUAUGAGGCAUCCAGUGGUUUGUCAUUGAGUGAUGGAGAAUCCAAUACUGCUAGUGCAUUUGGUAGUUAUCAGUCGGUACAGAUAAAAGAUAAGGUUGGUUUGGUUCCUGUUCUCAGAUCAGGUCUUGGUUUCGUAAAUGGUUUCUUAAACCUGUUUCCGGAAGCGCCUGUCUAUCAUUUGGGUAUUUAUCGUGAAAAAGUAUCGCAUCAGCCUGUAGAGUAUUACAACAAGCUGCCUGCUGUGCCCAAUGUCGAAACAUGCUUUGUACUGGAUCCUGUAAUUGCAACUGGUAACACUGCUGUCGCAACAAUCAACAUCUUGAAGGAAUGGGGGCUGUCUGAUACUCAAAUCAAGUUUGUCGCCAUUGUUGGUUCUGAGCAAGGCAUCGAGCAACUCCAACGAGAGCACCCCGAUGUCCACAUUUAUCUCGCUGCUAUGGAUCAAUCCCUUGAUUCUAACGGCUACAUCACUCCUGGCAUUGGCGAUUCUGGUGAUAGACUUUGGAACACUAUUUAA